AUGGGCGCAACAAGUUCAUCGUCGGCCACUUCGACUGCGUCAAUUGAGUCCCUCUUUUGCUCUACCCAGGAGAGAGAAGCUUUCGAGAAGAUUGUCAGUAACGUGCCCAUUCCUCGUACAGACGCAGCGUAUGACACGGUCCUGGCAGCGCCCACGGUGCUGCCGCAAUUAAAACAGACACAAGUCGAGCUGCUGACUCAGGCGUAUGGCGAAGCGUUCGUUCGGAACAGUGUCUACUCCGGGAACUUCCACGUCUUGGUGCGUGACGUGAUCCACACACUGCCAUUGAGCUGCCGAGUGGCUACGAUGACAGAGAGUGAUGUGGAAGCUCUUGGACUAGAGGCAGCAGGUCUCGAACCAGUGGACAGCAAGCUGCAGACGGUGGAAAAGGACUUGCAUCGAGCUGUGAAUACACUGUUUUUGGUUCGGCAGUUUACAAUGAGGUUUGUCGAGAGGACGGACGAGAGUCCGUUGCUGGACCACUUCACUCCUGGAUUGACAGAGGACGUCGAUAGGUAUCAGGCUACUGCACAACAGAACCUAUCAGUUCCGAUAGAGAGUGUGAUCGAUGGUAAUUCGACGGAUAACCUUGCUGCCCGCUUUCUGAAUGCAUUGCUCACCGUUCUCAUCGAGUUUUGUCCAAAUGAAAAAACGUACAACUUGCACGUGGAAGUCGUAAACACGCUCCUGGUGCUCUUGUCUCCCGUGGUUUACUCACUAGACGGCUUCAAGCAAGCUAGCGGUGACGUACGGUUGCUCAAUCCUUUUCUUUACAUGCUCAUGGAAUCCGCUCUACCUGAUGGUAGUCGAUCAUACCGGGCUUCCGGUUUGAUCCGCCGCUUGUUACGGAAUAUCAUCGAUCAGCUUCAAGCCACUGGACUCAACGCAAUGGCGAAUGCUGCAGUGGUAGCUAAGCGGAAGGCGCAAGAAAUGUCACUUGGAAUGAUGUCGGAGAUCUCAGAACAGACGUAUGAGCCGGAGGAAAGCUCCUACCUGUCUAGGUACUUUACACUGGAAGGUGUCGGCUCGAUUGCAGCAUCAAUAUUCCGCUCGCCGUGGAGCUUCGUUCGGCACUGUACUACCCGUGAGGAAACUGCAAGUCCGCUUGCCGAUCGUAGCGUACUUUUGCUGCUGGUGCUGCUUCAGAGUUGUCGAGACACGGACUCAUUGGUUACAAGCAAUCCUUUUCGAGAAACACUUUGCGAGAUGAUGAAGGGUGCCGAUAUUCACAGCUCGAGUGUGGAGGUGAAAGACAGAGACCCAAGAGCUCUGUCAAUGGAGCAUGAUGGCAUAUCCACUGACUCGAGUACGGAGAAAAUGACGAUAUCGAUCUCAGACUUGUUUGACAUCUUUGGGAGUCACGGAUCUUACGAAACGAGCCACCUCAUGCUGUACACGCUGCUGUACUCAAACCCGGCGAUAAUGAAUACAGCCUUGAGCGACAGCGAUAUGGAGCGUCUCUUGCUACCCCUACUGGAGACGUUGUAUCACGCGCGAUAUGUGGAGCCUCGCCGCUUGUACAUGUUGAUCAUCGUGCUGCUGAUGUUUACGCAAAACCCAACGUUUGUUCGCACGGCGCAUACCCUGCUAGUCGUGCCGAAUGUGUCGUGGUACCAGGAGCAGUACAUGCUGGAUAUCCCGCUGGGCAGCCUUAUGAUGGUCAUCUUUACACGGCUCGUAUUCCGUAACAUUACGCACUUCCAGGACAACUUCAUCCACUUGAAUGCUUUUGCAGCCCUGACCAACCUCGCUCGCUCGGCCGAGAAUCUGCACAUCUAUGCUGCUCAAGGUCUUGUUGGGCUCAUUGAGAUGCUGGCCAAGAACGAGGCAAAGCUAGUUGCACAGAUGAAGUGCUUGAAAAGCACGGAUAAGGAGGAAAACGAUGUGCUUGCACAAAAGCAUGCCGCCUACGUCGAGUUCAUCCGGCUGUCACUUGGUUUGUUGUCAUCCUGUCUGAAGACCGAGCAGCUUCCGCGUAACCCUCAACUUAUAUAUGCACUGUUGCACCGCGCCGAUACGUUUGCAGCGCUGCAGCGACACUCUGAAUUCGCAGCAUACUUGGACGAUAGUCCUAUAUGGAGCACCUUGGUGCAGUUCCAGGCAGCAGUGGAUGCGAAAUCUUCUUCGGAUGAUGUGCUUGACGCUGACAUGGUGCUGGAUAUCAUUCGAUGCGAAUGCGUUCGUCUUGUCGCGGCAUCAAGCACUAGCUCAGGGAAAGAAGGUGCGACAACUUCAGCGAUGUUCGCCGACGAUGAUAAGGUCAGCUACCAAUACGAAGAGGUGACAAAUCCCGAGCAGUUCUUCGUGCCGUACAUUUGGCAGCUCAUCCGGGACCAGACGCCCGAUUUCUGCUGGAGAGAUGCAGACAACGCCACGCUGUUCGAGCCAAGUAGCACCACCACCGCGCAUGUGGGUGUAUCGAUAAGCUGA